AAGAUGUAUCAGCUUGUUUGUAAUAUUCUUGAAACAUUAUAAAGCCUUCGGCGCAUCAUUUGAGUGCGACCUUAGAAGAAAACGAACGUGUAGCCGCUUGAAAUGGAAAUCUUGACAAAGAGGAAAGGAUGGUCGGAGAGUCGAGAAUAUUCUCAUCGUGAGCAUGUGCUAAUGUAUUGUGACGUCAAGACGCAAUAUAUCUCGUGCACCAAACACCAUUAGCAUAAGCAUGUGACUGGUGUGGAAGCGAUCUUGCGGCUGCUUGCACCGCGACCGAGCGAUCACGUGCAAGUUGUGUGCCACGAAAAAUGACACAGUCUAGCUUAAGACGAAGAGUCGCGAAGUAAGACGACUAAAUUGACGUAGUCGACGUCGAAGUCGAAGUCGUAAAUGAUCUUCGUGCGAAUCUUAGUCGAGAUUAUCGGUUGAAAGUACCGCCAUGAGGAAGAAAACGCGACGCGACCAGUGAGUGAGCGAAAGUGAUCGACCAGAUCGUGUCUCACCCGACCUAAUUAAAAAUUCUUUUAAGAUACGAGAUCGUUAUUUGUAAGAUAUACUAAGAAUCCCCGCUGUGAAUAAUGCCGUGCGUGACACAUCAAAUAUCGCGCGAGAUUAAAUCAUUUGCUCCGUAAAGAUCGCUCGAUGAUAAAGCUCAGAUUUUCAAUUAAAAAUAAUAAAAAAAGAAUUUGUUCUCGGUUAUUAUUCUCGGUAAUUAAGGCAUAAAUGGAACACGUCGAUUGAUAAGUUUCUGCUCAAACCUUGUUAGGUAUUAUGUGUCAAAAGAAUUUGUUUUGGGCAUGCGUUGGAUGAAGAUAACAUGAGGUUCUCGUGCUUCCCGAGGGCUGCCAACAUCCUCGGGAAGAAGGGUAGCAUUAAUCUUACCCCUCUUCCGGGUAACGACGAGUCCAACAGCAUCGGCAAUUUAAGCGUAAAUGGAAGCACAAGGAAUGCGAUUAUCGCUAGCUAUAAGCAAUCCGGCGAACCAGACUUGACGCACGGUGUUAUACGUCCUUUGCCUGGUACAACGAUUCAAAAUGGCAUCGGACCACUAUUAUUCACUUCUUCAAAGCCCAGAGCACCUCUACCGCCUCCAGAUAAUCACGUUAAUAACCUCCAUAUACAUCCAGUACAAUCAGAACUAGAAGACGCAGUCAGAACAGAAAAUGGUGAACAACUCGUGAGCAAUCCGAGGGGUGGCGUUAUUGGAAGGACACCGACGCCACCUUCAGCACCCACCCCCGUGUACGAGAAAGAUGCCAGGAGCGCAAGGCAAAUCAAACGAGCCAUUCUAGAAAAUGAAUUUCUGGGUAACUUGGAAGAAAAUCAAGUGGAGGCUCUCGUCUCUGCCAUGUACCCCAAACAAAUUCCCAUUAGUACUCUAGUCAUCCGAGAAGGAGACAUAGGUUCACAUUUAUAUGUAUCGGCAGAGGGAGAAUUUGACAUUUAUGAAGGCAACAAGUUCCAGAGGAGCUUCGGACCAGGAGUGGCAUUCGGAGAGAUCGCUCUGUUGUACAACACAAAGAGGCUUCGAUCCAUCAGUGUGAAAAAAGGUGGAAAGGUAUGGGUGCUCGACAGAUCAGUAUUUCUAACAGUAAUGAUGAGGACAGCUCAAGAACAGCUGGAAGGCAACAUCCGCUUCCUCAAGCGAGUUUCUGUUCUCCAAAAACUGCCCGAACCAAAGGACCACGUCCUUGCGAAGAUAUCCGACCUCAUAAGAGUGGAAUUUUUCCCGGCUAGCGCCAGAAUAGUACGGCAAGGCGAGAAGGGUGAUAAGUUUUAUAUAAUCAGCGGCGGCAACGUACGCAUCACGAAGGACACCGAGUAUGGAGGUGAAGAGGAACUGGUGGUUCUCGGCAAGGGACGAUAUUUUGGUGAAAAGGCUCUCUACGAUGACGAAGGAGAGAACCGUCGGCAUGCGAACGCAAUCGCACUCGCACCUGGUGUCGAAUGUCUGACAUUGGAUAGAUCGUCGUUCCUCAACUACCUAGGCAGUUUGGAUGAAAUCCGCAACAAGGACUGGCUGGCGGAAUACGAGAAACAAAAACGUUCGUUGACUCCAAAGAAGUGGACCAACGAGUACGCGAACUUGACAUUGGCUGAUCUCGAAACAAGAGGAACCUUGGGAGUGGGUGGUUUCGGCCGAGUCGAGCUGGUCACGCUGAGAUCCGAUCCCGAGAAGAGCUUCGCACUGAAGAAACUCAAGAAGAAGGUCAUGGUCGAGCAACAGCAACAGGAACAUGUGCUGAACGAGAAGCACAUUAUGCAAGCAUGUGAUUCGGCGUUCGUAUGCAAACUUUAUCAGACUUACAAGGACAACAAAUAUGUCUAUUUCCUGAUGGAAGUGUGCCUCGGAGGAGACGUGUGGACAACCCUUCAAAGGAGGCGACAUUUCGACGACGUCACCGCGCAAUUCAUGGUGGGAUGCGUGGUGGAGGCUCUUGAUCAUCUUCACUCGCUAAAUAUCGUCUAUCGAGAUCUUAAACCGGAGAACCUUAUGCUCGACACUCGCGGAUACUUAAAGCUAGUGGACUUUGGCUUCAGUAAGAAGAUCGGACCAGCCAAAACGUGGACGUUCGCCGGCACGCCGGAGUACGUAGCACCGGAAAUUAUUUUGAACAAAGGACACGACAGGGCGGUGGAUUACUGGGCCCUCGGCAUCCUAACUCAUGAAUUACUCGUCGGCAAACCACCUUUCCGGGGUUCUGAUCACAUGACCACUUACAACAAGAUCCUGAAAGGUAUCGAGAUGGUCGGCAUACCGAGCAUCGUCAACAAGAAUGCUAAUAAUCUCAUCAAGAAGCUACUUCGUUUGAGUCCUUCAGAACGAUUGGGUUACCAACGAAACGGGAUACAGGACAUUCGCGAUCACAAAUGGUUUUCCAGUUUUAACUGGCAAGCUCUUCAAAGAUUAGCUCUACCAGCUCCCAUUGUACCUACUGUACGAAAUCAACUCGACACGCGAAACUUCGAAAGAUACCCUCCUGAUCGUGAUAUACCACCUGAUGAAUUUUCCGGCUGGGAUAUCAACUUCUGAAGAUAAAACAUGAACGUAACGGACUUCCCAACAAAUGUCGUCUAAAUGAUAGAUGUAAGAACAAUGCGAUCUUAAAGCAAUUGUUGUUAAGAAAUAUGUUUGCUAACUAUCAAGUGACAAUUGCACCAAUACAAUUUCGAGAUAUAAGAAUGAAUAGAUUUAAUUAUCUGUGUGAGUUAUAGAUUAACACGUUUGGUAGCAAUUCGUGAUUGCUAAUUAUCUCGCAAAGAAUUCUCGCUUGACUGGCUUUGAUUACAAAAACUUUUGUGUUAUUCUUCUUUUAUAAAACCGCUUUAAAGAUAACAUAACCAUCGCGAAUUAUAAUUAUUAUUGUUAUUAUUUAAGAUGGCAUCGCGCUUACUCCCACUAAUAAGCGAUACGCUAAUUUUCUCGUGCGAUCGGCUGUAUUUUUAAUGACCGACUAACUUGUAAGAAAUAAUUUGCUAAGGUAUGAGAAAUUAUUAUUUCUUUAUAAGCAAUCACUCUGAGAUUUCGGUGUACCUUGAUUAGAAGAUAUACGUACUUCUUCUAACGCGAUACUUCAUUGUCUUUGUGUAAAAAAAACCGAUCUUACGUCGAUAUUACAUUAUGUAUUAUAUCUCUCCCGAUCGUAAAAAGGAUUUAAGCCUCCGUAAUCUAGACUUAAAUUCCUCAUUACAAUGGUUUCAUUGCAUGAAGUAUCGAUACACAUACACGUAGCUGAAUAAGAAAAUAACGUCACGCAUUUUCAAAUAAAUAAUUUGUUAACUA